AUGUCCGUGCUUAAACUGCUUAUCCUUCUCAGUAGCCAUUUUAUUGUCUCAAACCAGUUAAUCUGCCGCAGACCCCGGUAUCACAACUGGCGUUCACAGUCAAUGAACAUCACCUUGAGAUUGUCUCUCAAGGAGAACACCUGCAGGAAUGUGAAUCAAUGCUGGAAUAGUAUUUUGGAAAGUCCACAAGUGCCCUGGAUGGAUCAGACAUAUGCAUUUCCUCAAUUAUGCCCCAUAGAGAUCCAGUUGGGAGAUGCACUGUUUGUCUUCACCGACCCAAACCUAGAGCAAUAUGGAAUCAAUCUUAUUCAGGUAUCAAAAGAAGAAUUUGACAGUUGUUUUAGUGAGCAUGUACAGGAGCAAGAUGUUUUUGCCAGCUGCAUGAAUGGUAGCAUGCAUUUGGACUCAAAGUGGCUUUCCCCUGGUGUUCAUUAUUUUGCUGCUUCUCAUAAAGGCAGUAGCCAUUUAUGUCAGCUUGGCCUCCGCUUUAGUGUGCUGGUCAAAGAGCAGCACUGUCAGAGCGCUCCACAUCUACACCUGUGUUCAGGCAAAGGUGUUUGUAGGGCAAAAACUGGCCAGGUUGCAUAUGCUUGUCUGUGCCACAAGCCUUUCUCUGGACCAUAUUGUGAAGCUUUGGACAUGUGUUCUGAAGGUCCGUGCUUAAAUGGUGGAACCUGCAUAAGCAAUCACUCUGCUCAACUAAGUCAGUCUUCUUACCAUUGCUUGUGCCCAUCAGCAUUUACAGGUAUUAACUGCUCUGAAAUCUUUGGCCAAAACAACUGUAUCAGGUGCUGCAGAGAUGGGAUAUGCCUACUAUUGUCCCCAAACUCCUUUCGGUGUGAAUGUUCUAUUGGAUAUACAGGCACAUUCUGCACAGUGAAGAAAGGCCCCUGCAGUUCACAGCCCUGUAGGAACGGAGGCAAAUGUGAAGAACAUGGUGAAAAGUACAUUUGCAUGUUCCCAGAAGGCUUCACUGGUUCCAGUUGUGAAGUGAUGCUGGAACACAACUGCAUAAACCUCGGCUGUCAGCGGGAACAAGCACUGAAUCUUCCAUUUAUGUACUGUAGAUGCCAUAGAGGAUUUUCUGGGAAGAAGUGUGAGGAUAUAAUUGAUUUUUGCAGGCUGCACUUGGUUAACUGUUAGAAUAAGGGAUUGUGUACACACCUAAUUGCUAAAUAUGAUGCGAUUUGCGCUCAAGGUGUGAUAGAGGGACUUUGUCAAUAUAAAGCCUGCUUGAUUUACCCAAACCGGUGCUUGAAUGGAGCUACAUGCAUCAGCACGAGUCAACCGACUACACAUCCUCUUUACAGAUGCACAUGUUCCCCAGGCUUGACUUGGUUGAACUGUGAGGUGAAUAUGAAUGCAGGCACAUUACCAAACAUUGCAUGUCCUGCAGGAACGCUGUGUGUGCCGACCCCUGAGCACAUGCAAUAUAUGUGUCUCAGACCAUGUCCCAACACCAUACAGGUGUGUAUCAAUGAGAAAAGGUGUUUCAUAAACAGUACCAGAAAUUACAGCUGCAUUUGUGCACCAGGAUGGACAGGACCAAACUGUUGGGUUAAUAUAGUAUACUGUGCUCAGCAUUGGUGUUACAAUGGAGCCACUUGUGUGGAUGGAGUUGCCGGGUACAGAAUGACUGGUUUCUGCAUUAGAAAUUCCACCUGUGUUGACCUACCAGAGGAUUAUGUAUGCGUCUGCCCCAAGGGAUUCGCUGGUGAGUGCUGAUGCAAUCAGUAUGUAACUGAAUGCACAUCGCUGAGUGAAGCGUGUCAAAAUAAUGCCACUUGCUAUAUAGAGAAUGGAGACUUUCAUUGCAGAUGCCCACCAGAGAACCAACAGACCUAUACUGAAGUUAAAACCUCAUUUGAGGAACACAGCAGAGUAAAUUCACCAUGCGAACAACCGAGAGGCAGUUUGAAGUGUUUGUGUCUUCAUGGCUGCAUGGGGCAGCUGUGUGAAACUCCCAUGAGGCACUAUGUGAAAGGAUCGUACUGCUGUGGAUCAACGUGGUUAACUGGGCAAUUUUGUGAGAUCAACAUUGAUGAGUGUGCCAAUAAGCCCUGUGGAACAGUCAGCAUCUGCAAAGAUGGCAUUUCUGCCUACCACUGUUUCUGCGCACCUGGAUUUAUUGGCGUUAACUGUGAGAUUGAAGUAAACGAGUGUCUAAGUCAGCCCUGUAAAAAUGGAGCAUCCUGCUUGGACAAGCUCGACUCCUUCAGCUGUGUCUGUCCAGACGGAGUCACGGGCAUUUUAUGUGAAACAGACAUCGACGAAUGCCUGUCAUCUCCAUGCCUGCACGAAGGCACAUGUGUGGAUCUGACUGAUGGGUUUAUAUGCAUUUGUCCUCCUGGAUUCACCGGACCCGUGUGCGAGGUGGAUAUUGACAAGUGCAGCUCUUCUCCUUGCAAGAAUGAAGCCACUUGCCGAGACCAGGCUGGUAAUUACCGGUGCCAAUGUGUAGAUCUAUUUAAAGGUUUUCAGCUGUGCAAGUUUCCGCCAUGUGAAGUUAAUAAUCCAUGUGAGAACGAGGCUGAGUGUGUGGAUGAAACUGACUUGGACCGCUUCCCUUUGGGAUUCCAGUGCCGCUGCCUCCGAGGCUUCACUGGCCCUCACUGUGAGCUCAAUGUCGACGAGUGCAACUCUAACCCCUGCGUCCACGGCUUCUGCUAUGACGUUGUGGAUGGCUUUUACUGCCUUUGUAACCCGGGUUAUGCUGGAGUGAGCUGUGAGAAGGACAUCGACGACUGCAUUAGCAAUGUGUGCGAGAACAACUCAACUUGUAUCGACUUCCAUCUGAGUUACCAGUGCGUCUGUGACCUGGGUUGGGAGGGCAUGUUUUGCGAGAGGGAGACAAAUGAGUGUGCAUCAAACCCGUGCAAAAAUAAUAGCACCUGCACCGACCUGUUCAACGCCUACAGGUGCACAUGUCCUCCUGGCUGGACUGGUCCUGACUGUGGAGAGGAUGUAAAAGGUUGUAUCUCGGGUCCUUGCUUUAAUGGGGCCCUGUGUGUAGAAUCAGAUGACCCUAGCAAGUUCUCCUGCACCUGCCCUCCCUUCUUCACCGGCUCCCUCUGCACGCUGCCCUACAACCCCUGUGACGUGAAGAACAACCCCUGCCUGAACAACUCCACCUGCCGAUCCAGACCAGAUGGCUCAGCCAAGUGCGUCUGCCCUGCAGGGAUUGAGGGAUCUCGCUGUGAUAUUGACACCAACGAGUGUGGCUCCAGCCCAUGCCAAAACCAUGGCCAUUGUGUCGACAUGGUCAACAAUUACUACUGUAACUGUAAACCUGGAUUCUCAGGUCAGCAUUGUGAGGAAGACAUCAACGAAUGUGCGUCCAACCCCUGCCAAAACCAUGGCGUCUGUCAAGACCUAGUGAACAGCUUCCGAUGCUCCUGUCUGCCUGGAAAGAGUGGGACUGUGUGUAAUCUGGAAGUGAAACAGUGUGAAUCUUCGUCUUGCCUCCAUGACGGUGUGUGUGUCAACAAUCCCAGAGGUUUUGUGUGUGUGUGCCGGCAUGGAUACACUGGCACACACUGUGAGCUGAACGUGGAUGAGUGCACCUCAAAUCCGUGCCAAAAUGGUGGGAGGUGUGUUGACGGCCCCAGUGGGUACCACUGCCUGUGUUCCAGUGGCUUCACGGGCUCGGACUGUGUGAGCAACAUUGACGAAUGCGCCUCAGACCCCUGUGUUCAUGGCAGCUGUUCAGACGGCAUCGACGCAUACGACUGUCAAUGUGAGAAUGGAUGGAGUGGCCGCAGAUGCGAAACUAAUAUGGACGAGUGUGAGUCUCAACCUUGUUUGAAUGCUGGCUUCUGCGUGGACCUCGUAGACAAAUAUGCCUGUAUAUGCGCCAGAGGCUACAGCGGGACACAAUGUGAAGUCGACUUGGAUGCGUGCCUGGAUAUGCCUGUGAAUUCCUCUCAAUGUUUUAACGGUGGAACUUGUCUGGAUGGCCCUGGGUACAGUUUUACAUGCAGAUGUCAAGCGGGUUUUGCUGGGGAUUUCUGUGAGCUGGAUGUGAACGAGUGCUGCUCAAAGCCUUGCUUACACGGCGGCAUCUGCCAAGACCUCAUCAAUGGGUACCUGUGCCACUGCCGACCCGGUUGGACAGGCCUUCGCUGUGAGGAUGACAUUAAUGAGUGCCUGCCGCAGCCAUGCAACCAGGGGAUGUGCAUCCAGAACGAACCAGGCCACGGCUACUCCUGUUUCUGUCAGCCGGGAUUUGUGGGUAGAAACUGUGAGUAUAAUUAUAAUGACUGCUUGCUGUGGCCGUGUCCUGAUGGCUUCACCUGCGUGGACGGCGUCAACAGUGCGAGCUGUGUUGCCGUGGAGACCAAUGUGACCUCAGAACCUGCUGUUUUCCUCACUCACACUGAACAAGCAGCAGAUAUCACCUAUGGGAGAUAUUCUGGCACUUCAUUCCUGGAGUUUGAGGGCAUUAAUCUCAGUGCUGUGAGUAAUAUCACAGUAAGGUUUCAGACUCGCUCAGUGAAUGGAACACUCCUGUAUGUCGACCAAGGAGCUGGCUUCUUUUUUAUCAAGCUCUACCUUAACAAUGGAAGUUUAAAGUAUGAUUUUUCAUGCAGCCAAGAAGAGGAGAUUCAUAGCAUUAAUACCGAAGGACAGGUCAAUGAUGGCAAAGAAUAUGUGGUGCACAUUAGACAGUAUCUUGCUCCGUGUGAAGCAGAGGUGGCUGUGUCUGGCUUUCAACAUGCUCAAAGCAAUCCAAUCAAUUACUGGUCAGGAGUAACUUUACAUACAACUGGCCACGCUUUUGUCGGAGGUCUGCCUCUCACUUACUCUUCAUAUAAGGGAGCUGAGACUUUAUACAACUACACUGGAUGUAUUGAAAUAAUUGAAAUUAAUAAGCUCAGAGGAUUUCACACUUCCAAUGCCAUUGCUGGGAACAACAUUGAAAACUGCAAGUCUUCAUGGUGUCAGAACACAUAGGUCGGGGUUCGAUUCCCGCCUCCUGUAUUUACCCCAUUUGAUAUUAUCCCCAGAGGAGCAGGCAGCAUCAGUCUUCUGCCAACCGUGCACUCACUGGCAUGCUCUGAUGAGCCAUGUCUCAAUGGUGGCGUGUGUCAUCCUCUGUCCAUGCCAAGUGGUGCUGCAGCAUUCUUCUGUAACUGCCCUCUCCAUUACACCGGCCGUCUGUGUGAGAAAGAAAUCUUGAUAUUAUUCCCUUUAUUUAGUGGCUCUUCAUACCUGGAGCUUGAACCCUUUACUUCACUGUACACAAGCUCUGAGACCACAUCGUCUGGAGACACAGUUAGCGUUUAUAUAACAGUGAAAGCGAAGGCUCCCAAUGGGAUUAUCCUUUACACGGAGGAGCAGAAGUUUGGGGAUCGUUUUCUCCAUCUGUUCCUUCAGGAUGGAUAUCCAGGUGCCAGAUUGGGCUGCAGUGGCAGUGAUGUUUUGAAAGUCCUUUCCAGUCAAAUAAUUGAAAAUAACACUGUGGAGCCAAUAAUAGUGAGAUAUCGGUUGCCUGUCAGCAGAGACGGAGGGUUGUGCAUGAUUGAAAUAGCUGCGGCUAAUGGAACCGCUAAUCGAUCACAGAAAUAUGUAUCUGAACCCUCGUCUGAGGUUGUGUUUGGACCCACUUUCCUGGGUAGUGUGCCAUUUCCUUCCAAGCUGCAUGACAGCAUUGGCAAUGUCUCUGGCUUUGUGGGCUGCAUCAUGGAGCUUCAGGUCAACUCUAGAGAACUUCACAUGAUGGAAGAGGCUUAUCAUGGCCAACACAUCCACAACUGUGAUACAACAAAGUGUCAGCACCAACCAUGCAGAAAUGGAGGCACCUGCAUCAGUGAUGCAGAGACCUGGUUCUGUGUGUGUCCCCUGCUCUACUCAGGCAAGCUGUGUCAGUUCAGUGCCUGUGAACGCAACCCAUGUGCCCACGGCGCCACCUGCGUCCCCAAGAGCCCAUUGGAGGCAGUGUGUCUGUGCCCGCAUGGAAGGCAAGGCCUCCUGUGUGACAGGGCCAUCACAAUUACUCGACCCAGAUUUAGUGGUCUUGAUGAGUUUGGAUACUCGUCCUACAUGGCGUACCCAUCUAUUUCCAGCAUGAGCUACUUCUAUGAGUUCCGGCUGAAACUGACAUUUUCCAAUAACAGCACCGCCAUGAAGAAUAACCUUAUUCUCUUCUCUGGACAGAAAGGACAAGGGAUCACUGGAGAUGACUUCUUAGCCUUGGGGGUGAGAAACAGACGAAUCAUCCAUAAGUUCAACCUCGGUUCCGGGGUGGCUACUAUCAUUAGUGACCCCCUAGACAUGAGGAUCAAAAUACACACCGUGCGCUUUGGACGAUAUGGAAGGAAUGGAUGGAUGAAGGUUGAUGGGAAAAGGAAUAAGACGGGGUCGAGUCCCGGUAAUCUGGCAGCUCUGACCACCUUUAGUCCGCUCUACGUGGGCGGCUUCAGCGAACACAUCCCUGAGAUGAUGCCUUUGGGUGCCAGAUUCAAUAACAGCUUUCAAGGAUGCAUUUUUGACGUGCAAUUCCGGACCAGACAUGACAGGAAGUUCCACACACUGGACAGGCCAGAAACCCAGCCUGUAUCUUCUCGCAGUGUGGGUCAGUGUGGGGUCUCUCCAUGUCGUCUGCUUUCUUGUCACAACGGUGGCACCUGUAUCGACUCUGGAUCCUCUGUGUACUGCCAGUGUGGGUCUGGAUGGAAAGGUGCUCUCUGCUCUGAGAAAGUGUCCUUCUGCGAUUUGGAACACGUCCCGCCUCCCUCGUGUGCCCGUGGUUCUACAUGUGUUCCACUUCCUGAAGGCUACAGCUGUCAGUGUCCUCUAGGCACCGGUGGCAAGCUCUGCCAGGAAGCUUUGUCCAUCAGCGACCCAUUUUUUGAAGCUAACCAGUCUUCCUGGAUGGCCUUUCCCCUCAUACCCAUGAGACACAGAACACACCUUCUGCUGCAGUUCAAGACAAUUUUGUCGGAGGGCAUCUUGUUCUACGCAGCACAGUAUCCGAGAGCCCAAGCCGGUGACUUCAUCAGUCUCUCUUUGUCCAGAGGAUUUGUUCAACUCCGCUACAAUCUUGGUGACACAACAAUUGUCCUACAGUCUCCGAACAGAGUGGACCCCAUAGGUAGCACAUGGCACACAGUGAAAGCUGGAAGAGAGGGAAACCAAGGUUAUCUGGUUCUAGAUGAUCACAGUGUCAUUCGUAACACCUCUAAGGGCAUGACUACUCUGGAUCUCUCCACUGAAGUUUUCAUUGGCGGUGUGUCUGUCAUGAAUACUGUUUCCCCAGAUGCAGUGGAGAAAGAGCCAACUGGCUUCAGCGGGAGUAUUCGUGAAGUUAUCAUUAAUGGUCAUGAGCUUGAUCUCACAGAGAGAGGGGCUCUGCAAGGGGUGAAUGUGAAGGAUUGGGAUGGUACACAGUGUGGGUACAAAGUGUGUAGGAAUGGUGGUUACUGCAAAGCAGACAGCCAUGAUUCGUUCAUUUGCAUUUGCCCUGCAGAAUGGACGGGCACAUACUGUGAGCAAUCUAUUUUUUGCAUAGGUGCUCUGUGCCAACACGAUUCUCUCUGCAUUCCAAACAUUACAUCAGCCACAUAUUUCUGCAUGUGUGGCCUCGGAUGGCAAGGUACCUACUGCGAGCAGCGAGUGUCCAUAAGAACCAUUCACUUUGUUGGGAAUUCAUACUUAAAAUACAGAGACCCGAAGUAUAACGUGAGAGACUUAACAUACACGCACUUAUCAUUUAAUCUCUCAGCGAGCUCAGGAAAUGGACUGAUUCUGUGGAUGGGCCAAGCAGAGAGUGAAGAUGAUGAUUAUCUUGCUGUUGGACUUCAGAACUGUCAACUCAAAAUUGCUGUAAACCUUGGCGAGAAGAUUGCCGUUCCUCUCGUUUCCCGAAACACAACCCUGUGCAAUGACGAAUGGAAUUACAUAUCUAUCACUCUUAAUCACACCGUCAUCCAAGUGUAUGUUGAUGAAAAGAAGGUUAUGUUUGAAGAUAUAGACCCCUUUGAGCACUAUGUUUCCAUUAACUAUGGAGGUGUUUAUUAUUUCGGAGGCUUUGAACUGAACAGAGAUCUAGGAUGGGUUACAUCUGGUCUCUUUACAGCAGGGUUUGUAGGAAGUAUCAAAGAUGUUCUGUUAUAUCAUGACACAGGUUUGAUGCAGCUUCUAGAAACAUCUGAGGGGUUUAAUGUUUUUCAACAAGACGAUAAAUAAAGAUAAUGUUGUAUUUUACGAUAAUAAUUAUCUAUUAAUAAUAUACUGCUUUAUCUAGUGGAGCUUGUGGAGUUUGUGGAGAUCUAACCAUCACACCCAUACAUGCUUUUUGAAUAUCCCAUUGCAGAUUUAGUCCCCUUUUGCUGUUAUAAUACCCUUCAAUCUUCUGGGAAGGUUUUGGACUAGAUUUUGUAAUAUGGCUGUUUGCCCCUUCUGUCACUAGAACAUUAGUGCUGAGGCCUGGUGUUCAGUCCGUGUUCCAUUU